CAUGUAACAACCUCAUCCAAUCAAAGCAACCAGGCCACAAUAUGAAAUCUGUGACGUAACUGAUCCGUUUGUCCAUAAACCAAUCACCCUUGUUCAAACAACUUUCAUCCCACCAUUACCUUGCUCAAAACUAAUGGCAUCAGUGGCUCUAUUCAACUCUCAGUUUCUGGUUAAUCCAUUGAAACAGCCUCAACCCGCAGCGGCAGCUUCUAACUUAUCUCUACUUCCGCCAUCGGGUCGCCGCCUUCGCCAUCGAAAUCAUGGAGCUGGGACUAAUCAUGGUGCCUUCAGAGUCAGAGCUGCCAAGCCCCCUGCUGGUGUGGUGGUGCCGAAAGUAGAACCUAAGUUUAAGCCCUCAUUUCUUGGGUUCACCAAGACUGCUGAAAUUUGGAACUCGCGAGCAUGUAUGAUUGGCCUCAUUGGAACGUUCAUUGUUGAACUUAUAUUAAACAAGGGGAUACUACAACUUAUAGGCAUUGAAAUCGGAAAAGGGCUUGAUAUUCCACUCUGAAGAGAAGCCGUUUAGAAUUUCAUGUAUCAUAUAGUUGCUGUACCUGUAACACUCUAUAUUUUCAAUUACCAAAUUCUGCAUGCUUUUUUUAAUCACUUCAGAAGUGCUUCAUGUAGCGUUUGCUAGAAAACACACUGGAUAUAAAAGCUCUGCAGUCGAGCAACAAGUGUACUGUGAUGUACCAAGCCAAUAGGCCAAGUUGUAAUCAAUCAAUCUCCAGAAUCAGGCAUAUUAUUGCCUAAUCU